GCAGUCAGGUAGGGCAUCAAGGCAGUAUAGCAGAGCAUCAAGGCAGUCAGUUGGGGCAUCAAGGCAGUAUAGCAGAGCAUCAAUGCAGCCAGGUGGGGCAUCAAGGCAGUCUAGCAGGGCAUCAAGGCAGUCUAGCAGGGCAUCAAGGCAGUCAGGUAGGGCAUCAAGGCAGUCAGGUAGGGCAUCAAGGCAGUCUAGCAGGGCAUCAAGGCAGUCUAGCAGGGCAUCAAGGCAGUCAGGUAGGGGCAUCAAGGCAGUCAGGUAGGGCAUCAAGGCAGUCUAGCAGGGCAUCAAGGCUGUCGGGCAGGGCAUCAAGGCAGUUUAGCAGGGCAUCAAGGCAGUCAGGUAGGGGCAUCAAGGUAGUCAGGUAGGGCAUCAAGGCAGUCUAGCAGGGCAUCAAGGCAGUCAGGUAGGGCAUCAAGGCUGUCAGGUAGGGCAUCAAGGCAGUCUAGCAGGGCAUCAAGGCAGUCUAGCAGGGCAUCAAGGCAGUCUAGUAGGGCAUCAAGGCAGUCUAGCAGGGCAUCAAGGCAGUCAGGUAGGGCAUCAAGGCAGUAUAGCAGAGCAUCAAGGCAGUAUAGCAGAGCAUCAAGGCAGUCAGUUGGGGCAUCAAGGCAGUAUAGCAGAGCAUCAAUGCAGCCAGGUAGGGCAUCAAGGCAGUAUAGCAGAGCAUCAAGGCAGUCAGUUGGGGCAUCAAGGCAGUAUAGCAGAGCAUCAAUGCAGUCAGGUAGGGCAUCAAGGCAGUCUAGCAGGCAUCAAGGCAGUCUAGCAGGGCAUCAAGGCAAUCUAGUAGGGCAUCAAGGCAGUCUAGCAGGGCAUCAAGGCAGUCAGGUAGGGCUUCAAGGCAGUAUAGCAGAGCAUCAAGGCAGUCUGGCAGGGCAUCAAGGAAGUCAGGUAGGGCAUCAAGGCAGUCUAGUAGGGCAUCAAGGCAGUCUAGCAGGGCAUCAAGGCAGUCUGGCAGGGCAUCAAGGCAGUCUGGCAGGGCAUCAAGGAAGUCAGGUAGGGCAUCAAGGCAGUCUAAAAGGGCAUCAAGGCAGUCAGGUAGGGGCAUCAAGGCAGUCAGGUAGGGUAUCAAGGCAGUCAGGUAGGGUAUCAAGGCAGUCUAGCAGGGCAUCAAGGCAGUCAGGUAGGGCAUCAAGGCUGUCAGGUAGGGCAUCAAGGCAGUCUAGUAGGGCAUCAAGGCAGUCUAGUAGGGCAUCAAGGCAGUCUAGCGGGACAUCAAGGCAGUCUAGUAGGGCAUCAAUGCAGUCUAGCAGGGCAUCAAGGCAGUCAGGUAGGGCAUCAAGGCAGUAUAGCAGAGCAUCAAGGCAGUCAGUUGGGGCAUCAAGGCAGAAUAGCAGAGCAUCAAUGCAGCCAGGUGGGGCAUCAAGGCAGUCCGGUAUGGUGUCAAGGCUGUCAGGUAGGGGCAUCAAGGCUGUCAGGUAGGGCAUCAAGGCUGUCAGGUAGGGCAUCAAGGCUGUCAGGCAGGGCAUCAAGGCAGUUUAGCAGGGCAUCAGGGCAGUCAGGUAGGGCAUCAAGGCAGUCAGGUAGGGCAUCAAGGCAGUCAAGUGGGGCAUCAAGGCAGUAUAGCAGAGCAUCAAGGCAGCCAGGUGGGGCAUCAAGGCAGUCGGGUGGGGCAUCAAGGCAGUCGGGUAGGGCAUCAAGGCAGUCGGGUAGGGCAUCAAAGCAGUCGGGUAGGGCAUCAAGGCAGUCAGGUUGGGCAGCAAGGCAGUCAAGUGGGGUAUCAAGGCAGUCAGGUGGGGUAUCAAGGCAGUCAGGUAGGGACAUCAAGGCAGUCAGGUAGGGUAUCAAGGCAGUCAGGUAGGGACAUCAAGGCAGUCAGGUAGGGCAUCAAGGCAGUCUGGCGGGGCAUCAAGGCAGUCAGGUAGGGCAUCAAGGCAGUCUAGCAGGGCAUCAAGGCAGUCUAGCAGGGCAUCAAGGCAGUCAGGUAGGGCAUCAAGGCAGUCUAGCAGGGCAUCAAGGCAGUCAGGUUGGGCAGCAAGGCAGUCAAGUGGGGUAUCAAGGCAGUCAGGUAGGGACAUCAAGGCAGUCAGGUAGGGUAUCAAGGCAGUCAGGUAGGGCAUCAAGGCAGUCAGGUAGGGCAUCAAGGCAGUCUAGCAGGGCAUCAAGGCAGUCAGGUAGGGCAUCAAGGCAGUCUACUAGGGCAUCAAGGCAGUCUAGGAGGGCGUCAAGGCAGUCUAGUAGGGUAUCAAGGCAGUCUAGCAGGGCAUCAAGGCAGUCAGGUAGGGCAUCAAGGCAGUAUAGCAGAGCAUCAAGGCAGUCAGUUGGGGCAUCAAGGCAGUAUAGCAGAGCAUCAAUGCAGCCAGGUGGGGCAUCAAGGCAGUCCGGUAUGGUGUCAAGGCUGUCAGGUAGGGGCAUCAAGGCUGUCAGGUAGGGCAUCAAGGCAGUCUGGUAGGGCAUCAAGGCAGUCUGGUAGGGCAUCAAAGCAGUCAGGUUGGGCAGCAAGGCAGUCAGGUUGGGCAGCAAGGCAGUCAAGUAGGGUAUCAAGGCAGUCAGGUAGGGACAUCAAGGCAGUCAGGUAGGGCAUCAAGGCAGUAUAGCAGAGCAUCAAGGCAGUUUAGCAGGGCAUCAGGGCAGUCAGGUAGGGCAUCAAGGCAGUCAGGUAGGGCAUCAAGGCAGUCAGGUGGGGCAUCAAGGCAGCCAGGUGGGGCAUCAAGGCAGCCAGGUGGGGCAUCAAGGCAGUCGGGUAGGGCAUCAAGGCAGUCGGGUAGGGCAUCAAAGCAGUCAGGUAGGGCAUCAAGGCAGUCAGGUUGGGC